AUAAAAUAAUAUUUUCCCCAUUUGAUAUUUCCAACGUUGGUUAAUGAAAAUAUAAUACAUAUUUUUAAGUAGACCACCAACUCGCCGACAACAUUUUACUUUGAAACGCCUAGAACGGAAGCGAGCGCCGCGUCACCGUCGAAUCGACAGAAACUGGACCGCGGAUCAGACGAUGUUUUCACUGUUCGUGAUCCGGAGGAACAAUAAAGACCGAGGACCUGGACGUUUUACAGCCGAGUGAAGAGGCGCGAGACCGGCUGGGCUGCGUGAGCGCGCCGGGCCGCUGCUAGACGGAACAGGGCGGGGUAAUGUUCGGGUUCCGGUAUAAAGCCGCGGCGGAGAAAAUGAGAAGCAGACGAGUGGAGGCGGCGGCGGAGGUUCGACACCGGGGCUCGCAAUGAGGCGCGCGGUGUGAGAGGAGCGCGGAGGCUGCUGCUCCUCCUCCGCCACCAUGAGGACCGUCCUCAGCUUGUGUCUCUUCCUGCUCGCCGGCGGAGCGGAGCGGGCGUGGACCACCGGAAAUGAGACAGUCGACGGCGGCAACCGAACCAGCGGCAGCUUCAUCACGAUCGGAGACGGAACCUCGCGGGAGUUCGAGUUCCCGGAGAACACCAACGGCGUGAUCGUCAUCUCCAGCCGGUACCGGAGCUCCGGGAGCCGGCGGGGCCGCCAGAGCUGGAAGCAGACGGUGAACGUGCGCUCGCUGGACCCGGAGGUUCUCUCCAUCCUCAACGUGACGGACAGCGGCGGCCACGCCGGAGCGGCCCGCAGCUACGUCAUCAGCAUCCGCUCGGGCUUCCCGGGUCGGGCUCCGUUGGAGAUCCAGCUGCUGGACCUGGACCGGGACUCUUCGCCGGUUCUGAUCGAGGAGAGCAGAGACUACUCCAUCAAGGUGGCGCCGCACGUCGAUGACCCGGCCACCCGGCUCGUGCAGUCGGGCGGCCUGUCGCACUUCUCAGAGAACCCGCUGCUGUUCGCCCUGCUGCCGCUCAUCUUUGUCAACAAGUGUGCCUUCGGGUGCAAGGUGGAGGUGGAGGUUCUGCGGGGGCUGGUGAGGAGCCCGGUGCCCCUGCUGCUGGGGGUGUUGGCCCAGUUCGUGGUGAUGCCCCUGUACGCCUUCCUGGUGGCCCGCCUGGCCGGGCUGCCCAAAGCUCUGGCGCUGGGCCUGGUCAUCACCUGCUCGGCGCCGGGCGGCGGCGGCGGCUACCUGUACAGCCUGCUGCUGGGCGGGGACGUGACCCUGGCCAUCUCCAUGACCCUGGUCUCCACCGUGGUGGCGGCGGCGGCCAUGCCUCUGUCGUCGGCGCUGUACGGCCGGCUCCUGGGCGUCCACGCCGCCCUGCACGUGCCCUUCGUCAAGAUCCUGGGCACCCUGCUCUUCAUCGCCAUCCCCAUCUCCCUGGGCAUGCUGGUCAAGAUCCGGCUUCCCGCCCUGACCCGGGUCCUGCUGGCCCUCAUCCGGCCCUUCAGCUUCGUGCUGAUCGUGGGCGGCAUCUUCAUGGCCUACCAGAUGGGGGCGUCCAUCCUGGCCCACGUGCAGCCGCAGAUCGUGGCGGCCGGGCUCACGGUGCCUUUGCUGGGCCUCCUGGUGGGGGCGCUGCUGGCCCGGCUGGCGGGGCUGGCCGCGCCGCAGAGCAAGACGGUCAGCAUCGAGGUGGGCGUCCAGAACAGCCUGCUGGCCCUGGCCGUCAUGCAGCUGUCGUUCCGCCGGGCCGAGGCCGACUUCGCGUCUCAGGCUCCUUUCCUGGUGGCGCUCAGCAGCACCUCGGAGAUGCUGCUCAUCGUGCUGGCCUACUUCGCCCACAGGAGGUUCUGCGGGUCGGCGGCCGGCCCCAGGAGCGACGCCUGAUUGUAGCCGCCGGUUUUCUAAUUUUCUAACCAUCGGCAGCGACCAGCUUUUUCGCCGACUUUUCAUAGUUUUUCAUGUAAACCAAAGGCCUUUAACGGCGGCGGGGUAGAGACGUCGACGCUAGUCCCAGUGCAGGAGGGUCAGACUGGCAGUUCGGAGUCACAAAACGCCUUGAACCACGUGCUAACUGCUACGCUCCGUCGCCUCUCCAAUCCCGUAUCAUGCUAGGCGUUAGCUAGCGCAGGCUAGCUCAGGGAGCUUUUCCUUAUCUCAAGUCGAUUCACUCGUAGACGUCAUGACCAAAACACCUAGAAUCGACGGGCAACAGAUUGUUUUUCCUCUUUUUCCUGUCAGUUCUUUCAAGCUGCACAUUUUGAACUAAAAUGUAUUUUUUUAUAUAUUUUUUUUUGUUUUUGCCCUUCAUUUCUCAUUUGAAGCAACAUUUUCUUCAAGCUAAAACCUCGUACAACAACCUUACAACAAUCCUUUCAUGUGUUUUCUGUUGAUUGAAAUUUUAACAACAACAAACAAUAUAGCUUCUUUUUAAAUGAAUAAAAAUGUUUUUUGUAUUAC